UAUUCGAGUCGAUCGGCCGGCUCGAUCGCCCAUCAAAAAAGUUCGAACAUCGAGCCAAAAGUAACUAAAGUUUUAUCGAAGUAGACUCGAGCCAUUGAAACCUUAUUGAUGAGCGACGAUCCGACGAUUGUUAAUCAAAGUUUCUUCGUCUUCGGGGAAAUAUCAAGUGACAAGUGAUCAUAAAUCGUAACAAAAGUGGCUACUUCGAUAUCGGAACGUUAUGCAGGAUUCCUGAGCUCCGAACAAAUCUAAUCGCUGUGGAAGCUUCCGACUUUUGGGUUAACCCACCACGGAUAUCGCCGCCGAAUCAAUUGAGGAAUUAAAAACUUUCACGAUGACUUCCGGAAAGAUCGUCUGCGUGCUUGCUAUCGCGUGCCUCGCAGCGGUAUCACCAUUUUCCGUCUCGCACACGCCCCAAAGCAAAGGAAGAAAACUGUUCGGCGGGUAUAGAAUCGUGCCGAAGGUGUGUCAGCCGACGAAUCCAUCGAGAAUAAAGUCGAACGAUCCGCCCAUAUGCAUGUUCAAUUACGAGUGUAGUAGGAGAAACGGCGAGGUCGUUGGUGCAUGUAUGGACGGUUUUUUGUUCGGCGCGUGUUGUCAAUUGCCACCGAAGAGUCUUCAGGGUUCGUCAGGCCAGGCGGACAAAUUACCGGGUUCCGAUGACGACGUUAGUUUUCAUGAAAUUGAUCACGUUCCUGAUGUGCCAAUUUUAUUGAACGCCGACGGUACGCCAGUGGGAAUAAGCUUGUCCGACGUCACGGGAUCGACGAGCUUCACCGUGUACGGCUCCUCCGAUAAAUUCUCCAACUCACCUGGGGCUUAUACGAAGAUAACGACAUUGAAUCCUCCCGCAGCGUUGACCUCGAAUUCCGCGAGGCCUGACAACGAGAACGUCGAUUUGAGCAAGCUCGAGACUGACUUCCCGGCGCUCUUAGGUCAGCAGGAGACCCUCGACGGUCUGAGGUUGCCGGGUCUCAUCACUCACACGUACAACGACAUCCAAGAUCACCAAGACCACGGUCAAAUCAACCCGGUGACGACGCUCCUCAGCCCCGACCAGAUCGUACAAAUCGCUGACCCGGUCGACCAACUUCCGGCCCUGUUUGCUCAGGGUUUGGGUCAAAACAAUCACACUGAGGUGGACACCGUGUUGCUGAACGCGAAUGGCACUCGGUUGGACGAGAACAACAUUUCCGGGGAUUUAUUCAAGCCCCAACGCCCCGAGAACCAGACGAGCGCGGACGGAGCCUCGUUCCCGGGCGCCCCUUUGAUCAAUAUCCAUCAGACGAGUCCAUCGCCAAUUUCCACAGUGAGAUACUCCCAGAACAAUGGAAACGCUCAAACAACAGCGACGCUCCAACAGUACGCCAAUGUCAAUAGAAUAACCGGAACGACUUCGGCCCUUAAAUACACCGGUCAACAUUCCUCCGUGUCGAAUACACCGAUCAAGAGUUCCAGCCCCCAUUGGGCCAACGGCGACAACAAUGCAGCGUCGAGCCUCGACAAGAGCGGAGCGACGACGCCAAUGUCAACGACGCGUUACGGCGGCGACGAAGACGACGACCUCGUCAGAGUUCCAACGAUCACAUACGACGUACAAUCCGGCAACAAGAAACACGACGAGCUCGAUCGCGAGGAAAUUGCUAUCAAUCACAUUAUCUCGAUAUUGAACGCAACGACGCCGAGCGGACCGACGAGAGUGAGCCAACAAGUAGGCAGCGGUGGAUCUUCCGUACAGACCUGGGUGAGCUUCGCUCCGUCUUCCAAACCGACCCCUCCCAGGCACACGGCAACGAAGACGUCUUCUACGACGGAAAUGUUUCCUUACACCUUUUACAACCCCGGGAGACCCUCGACUUACUAUCACUACGAAACCCAGUCCACCCAGCCGCCGAGUAGCAGCAGCUCGUCCCACUCAACUCCGUCGACCACCAGCCCGGCAUCCCCGAGACCUCACACCUCCCAAAAACCCGAGGUAACCUCCACCUACGGAAGCUCCAGUAGCUACAGUUACACGACCCGUUCAACGAUCAAUCCACCAGCGCCGACUGUCAUAGUUCUCGGUCCCUUGGGGACCGAAUACACGACGAUAACGACGCAGAAACCGGCGACGAGGAAGCCCACGAGUGGCUCAAUCAGACCGAGCCUCGUGACGAAAUUGCCGAGCGUCGGGACGACGAUAACCCACAACAUCAGCACCGUAAUAUCGACCAGCAGCGCAGCGACGAGCAACAAUCACGUCGUAUCGACCAGUUACAUAAGCGUCAAUCUCAAAGACAACACGAGCCCGAAGCCGAUUCAACCAGUGUUGAUAAAUCAAGCGGUCGAGUCGGAAACGGAAGCGAUCGAGACGCCGACGGCGACCAAAAGGCCUUCCACCAUCUGGACGACGCUCUCUUCGUGGUCGAGCAAACCGAGCUUCCACCUCAAGCCGUCUCAACCCGACCUCGUCUUCCCUACCAGCACUCGGAAGCCCAUCGAAUCAGUUUUCUUCAAAGAGACAACCACGCCCGCCAGCACGACAGCUUCGAUCAAGAAAACGACGCUCGUCACUCAGCCGUCAACGAGCUCCGACGAGGAGACCGCGCCGCCCGACGACCUCAUCAAUUUCCCCCCGGUCAGGAAUCCCAACUUGACACAGCAGGAGAAACCAACGUUGGUCGAGAGCUUCAACAACACCGGGUUCCCCGACAUCGACUAUCUCAACGGCAACGACAUCCCGACUCCGAGCUUCAUCGAGGACGACGUCCUCACCAACAAGGUCGACGUCUUCGUUCACAAAAUCGUCGAAUCUCUCGGCGAAAACUUUCAAGAUCUCAAAGACGUUGUUUACGGGAAGAAAAACGUCACGGCGCCUCCCCCCCAAACGAACACAGCGACGAAAAAACCGCCGACCAAAAAACCCUUGAAGCCACCGAGCGGCAAACCUUCCGCUACGACCGCCAAACCAGCCACCAAAAAACCCACGAGACCGAAUGCGGCCACCCAAAAACCUGCUGAUAAACCGCUCUCCAAGCCCACCAAAAUCGCCACCACCAAACCGAGACCCACCAACGUCGCCAGCGUCACUACCAAAAAACCAGCCUCCACUGUCACCAAAAGACCCAAACCUCAGAAAAAACCUACCAGCCCUCCGACCACGACGAGCACGACUACCGCGCCUCAAGCCGUCGUUGCUGACACCGAAACUCCUGUCGAAGAGUUCACCGAUCUCUCGGCCGAAGUACAAACCACCACGCCCGAUUAUCGCAAAGAAUGUGGUGUACGACCUUUAUACAAAAGUGGAAGAAUCGUUGGUGGCAAAGGUGCGACCUUUGGCGAAUGGCCAUGGCAGGUGCUCGUAAGAGAAGCUACGUGGCUUGGACUCUUCACUAAGAACAAAUGCGGCGGUGUCCUCCUGACGAAUAAUUACGUGAUAACGGCGGCUCAUUGUCAACCAGGUUUCCUGGCGACCCUCGUCGCGGUUUUCGGAGAAUUUGACAUCUCUGGGGAGCUCGAAUCUAAACGUAGUAUUACGAGAAACGUACGAAGAGUUAUCGUCAAUCGGGGCUAUAAUCCUGCCACUUUUGAAAACGAUCUUGCUCUCUUGGAACUCGAGAAACCUGUGCAGUUCGAUGCACAUAUCGUACCGAUUUGCAUGCCCGAGGAUGGAGCUGAUUUCACCGGGAGAUUGGCCACCGUUACUGGAUGGGGACGCGUCAAAUACAAUGGUGGCACACCCUCCGUUCUCCAGGAAGUUCAGGUUCCCAUCAUAAAGAAUUCUGUGUGCCAGGACAUGUUCCGUACCGCAGGACAUUCGAAACUCAUUUUGGAUAGUUUCCUUUGCGCUGGUUAUGCCAGCGGUCAGAAAGAUUCGUGCGAGGGCGACAGUGGCGGUCCACUGAUGAUGGAGGGUCCGGACGGCAGAUGGAUUCUGGUCGGUACGGUGUCUCAUGGCAUAAAAUGCGCGGCGCCUUAUCUACCAGGAGUUUACAUGAAAACCACGUUCUUCAAGCCUUGGUUGCACAGCGUGACCGGAGUCUAGGAUCGAACGAGCGAAAAAGGGGGACGUGACGACGAGAAAGAAAAUCGGAGACAAAAACGUUGGCUGCCGGAACUUCGAUCACCCAAAAGCAACUGAAAAUCGGGGCCUUCCUGUAUAUAAAUGUACAAAGUCGAGUGAAAUACAAAACGCAACGAACGAAGAAACAUUGAGAAACGACUCAACGCAGGUUAAGACAAACCGAAGUAUCGUAUUUCAUGUAAAUAAUUAACUUACGAUACGGUACAUAAACUUCAUUGUAUUUCUAUUUAUAUUUAUACGUAAUGCACUAUUUUUAUCAAUUAUUUAUAACCAUUUAUAGAUACCCUGAAAAAAGAAAUUUGUUCAAUCAUAAAAUUGUGGCGAACAAAAAAUUUGUUUAUUCAACGAUUUUGUGGUGAACGACGAUCGAUUUUUCGUUGAAUCAACAUCUCGAUUCGGUCUUCGUGCGAGAGGAAUCGACGAAGGCUGAUUCACCAAAUUUCUUUUUUCCUGGCUCAUCUACCUUAAAUCUGCAUAUUCGUAUGCAAUUAUUAUGAAAAUCGAACGCAAUUGUUUAGGCGUUUAUUAUUUAUUAUCUAUCUUGUUGUUACGAGAAGGUCUUAUUUAUUAAACUUAUUUUUAUAUGAUAAA